UGAUGAUGAGCCCAGCUCCUAAUAUUGACAAAGUGUAUUGUUUACUCCUUUAAGAGGAGAGAUAGAGAUCCAUUCAACAUGUGGCUUCUUCUCCUAUGGAGUCAGCUUCUUUUACUGCAUCUGCACACAGGAAACCACAAUAUUCAGGGAAUUCGAUUUUUAAUCAAAAUGGUGGAAAUGGUAAUAAUAGACCAGGACCGCCUAGACCAUAUGAAGAUAAUAAGAGGAAUUUUAAUUCAAAUGUUGGGAAUUCGAACUCGUAUAAUUGCACUUUCUGCAAGAAACCUGGAUCAACUCAUACCAUAGAGAAGUGUUAUAAACUACAUGGUUAUCCGCCACAUUCUAAGUUCAAUAACAAUAGGCUUGGGAAUUUUCAGAACCAACACAUGGUUCAGGGUAACUCUGUUUCUACUGCAGACAACUACUACAUUGGAUAUGGUAAUCAGGUUGUUGAUUUCCCCAGCACAAAAGGCACUCAAACUCAAGUUUCUUCUUCUAACACUAUGGGACUCAGUCUAAAGCAAUAUUCUCAGCUGAUGGACAUGCUACAACAAGUUAAACUUGGACAGCAGACUGUUUCAAGUUUAGAGGUCAACGUUACUACCAAUUGUGUUGGGCCUUUCACUGAAGAGGCCUCUGGCUCUUGGUAGAAUUCAGAAUGGUUUAUACAUCCUUCAGUCUACUCAUCCAUCAUCUGGACAAUGCUCCACUGUUUCAGCUUCUUUGUCUAGCUCUACUCCUAAUUCUGUUACUUGUAUUCCUUGUCAUUCAGCAUCUAGUUCUAAAGGUUGUAUUUCUAUUCAAUCUUUGUCUAGUUCAGUGGAUUCACAUCACAAUGUAUGGCAUAUUAGACUGGGGCACAUGCCCAUAUCUAGCAUGAGGAGCAUUACUUGCUUACUACAAGCUGUUGUUAAUAAAGAUUCAGUUCCCUGUGA